GAUGCAAUGAAAAGGUGCCACUUGGCGGCCAUGGCAGCUGUAGUAUCGCCGACUCCGGGUCAAGGCCCGGCGAAGUGGAGUACCAUGGGCAGCUGCGGGUAUAGGACAGAGGCAGCUUUGUAUCAGCUUUGCUGCUGUGUCUCUAGGACCCGUCGUCAGAGACCUGCAGACCUUCCUUCCCUCUCCAUUCUAGACUCGGAGGGGAGUUUGCAGGAACUGGUGGGCUGGUCCCAGCCAGAGGGUGAUCACCGGCGGGGCUGCCUAAGGGAGACCCGGACGCCGAGAGAACUGGUUCCCUUGGGUUUUCUUCUUUUCCUGCUGCUUCCGGGAACGCUGUCUGUGGAGGGCUUGAGCCCGUUGUGCCACUCUCAUAACGACAGUUGAAGAAAUCGCUCGUUCGCACACAUUUUCCCCUUUGACUUUUCUCAUCUUUAUUUAACCCACGAGAAUCCAGUGACUGGCAUCUGAGAACCUAGGGCUAGGACCUAAGAUUGUUGGAAAUUCUCGCAGGUGCUAAAAUCAGCAAAAGGGGGCUGUCUCCAGGUACGUUCAAGAGAAGGGUGCCCCGUGAACAAAUCUGGUGGGGAGGCCGAAAGAACUGGAAAGCCAGCUUGUUCUCUUGGAACUAUCACACGUGAUUAAAGAACCAAAGCACCUUUCAAAACCGCUGGAAAGUUGUGGUUUGGUGGUGGCGGGUGAAAAAGGAGGGCAGAAUGGAUGAUUUCAUCUCCAUUAGUUUGCUGUCUCUGGCUAUGUUGGUGGGAUGUUACGUGGCUGGAAUCAUUCCCUUGGCUGUUAAUUUCUCUGAGGAGCGCCUGAAGUUGGUGACGGUUUUGGGAGCUGGCCUUCUCUGUGGAACUGCAUUGGCAGUUAUUGUGCCUGAAGGAGUACAUGCACUUUAUGAAGACAUUCUUGAGGGAAAACACCAUCAACCCAGUGAGACGCAGAAUGUGAUUGCAUCAGACAAAGCAGCAGAAGUCCCCGUCGUCCAUGAGCAUGAGCAUAGCCAUGACCACACACAGCUGCAUGCCUACAUCGGAGUUUCCCUCGUCCUGGGCUUCGUUUUCAUGUUGCUAGUGGACCAGAUUGGCAGCUCCCAUGUGCAUUCUACCGAUGAUCCAGAAACAACAAGACCUAGCAAUUCCAAAAUCACCACCACACUGGGUCUGGUCGUCCAUGCUGCAGCUGAUGGUGUUGCCUUGGGAGCAGCAGCUUCAACUUCACAGACUAGUGUCCAGUUAAUUGUGUUUGUGGCAAUAAUGCUACAUAAGGCACCAGCUGCUUUUGGGCUGGUUUCCUUCUUAAUGCACGCUGGUCUGGAGCGGAACCGAAUCAGGAAGCAUUUGCUGGUCUUUGCACUGGCAGCGCCAGUUAUGUCCAUGGUGACGUACUUGGGACUAAGUAAGAGCAGUAAAGAAGCCCUUUCAGAAGUCAAUGCCACUGGAGUGGCCAUGCUUUUCUCUGCUGGGACAUUUCUCUACGUUGCCACAGUACACGUCCUCCCUGAGGUGGGCGGAAUAGGGCACAGCCACAAGCCCGAUUCCAGUGGAGGGAGAGGCCUCAGCCGCCUGGAGGUGGCAGCUCUGGUUCUGGGCUGCCUCAUCCCACUCAUCCUGUCAGUAGGACACCAGCAUUAAAUGUUCAGGUUCCAGCCUCAGUCCAUGGCCAUGUGCCACCUGGUGAGAACAGCUGGCACGUGACAGCACCUCACUUCCUCAGUCUCUUGUCUCGCCUUGCCCAUUUCCACCUGUAUUCCUAGAGUCCGGAGAGAGGUGAGAUGAAAACCUGGAGUAAUGGAAAAAAGCUUUUAGAGUAGAAACAACACAUGGCGUUGGACAUAGACAUUCCAUUGUGUUGUCUUUUAAAGGGCCCUUGGCAUUUUGAGUUUUGAUGUUUCUCUUAACCCUAUUCUCAGGGAAGAUGGAAUUUAGUUUUACAGAAGAACAGAGAACUUCAGACUCAUGAUAAAAUAGUCAUUAUGAAAAUACAGUGUUCUGUAAUUAAGCUAAAUCUCUUUCUUCUUUGUUUAGAGGCUCUGCCACUUUUUCCAUUGAUUUUCAACAUGGUUCUCACCGUGUCAGACUGGUGCUUUAGCAUCUAUGCCACAUGCCUUGAUAGAAGGUCAUAGCACCCACUCACUCUCUUAGAUGCUAAAGGUGAUUACGGCUCAUUUGGGAUAAGAGUUAGGAAAAUGAUGGCAGAACAUCUGGAAGCUGAUCUGAUAUUCAGAAGAGAUAUCCAUUGAAAGGAGAUGUCCAGAGAGACUUAAACACCUCCUUUUGCAUGUGCCUCUCUAAAUACAGCCUGCCAUUCCAUCAAAUGGAAGAGCAGAGGUGGAACUGCCAGCUUCUAAAGAGGUGACUCUGGUAUUUUUUAGCAUUUCUUUUCAAGUUCUCCUUUGCAGAAUACCUGCCUCCAAGACAUUCUUACAGAGGAGCCAAGUUCUAGUAGGUUCAGGCCUAGGCUUUCCUUCAAGAACAGUCAGAAUACAAAAUAUCUUUGGGAAUUAAGGGAUAUUAAUUUUAAGUAAAUUACUGACAUCUUUAUAAUAAUCUCUUCAAAGUAAGACUACCAAAAUCGAUGUUGUCCCUUCUUUUUCAAUAUCUCUCUUAGCAGAUCAGCAGUUCCUCUGGCUAAAUACUGAGCUAGGGGAGCACCGUGUCUGCUCACAUGAGCAUUUGUGUAGCAGCCAAGAAAGUCAGAUGUAUCAUAAUGGAAAGUGUUUGCCGAUUGAUUUAAAGCUAUUGAAAUCAUGUCUCUUCAUUUUUUCCAUGCUUUUCUCCUAACUUUUUCCUCUGGCUCCUCCUCCCCAUGGUUUGCUGCUUCCUCCUGGUGGCAGUGUUAAUAUUUGUGUGAGAUGAAUUUCAUCAGGACAACCACUUCUAGAACUGUGGUGAAGAAGAUAAUACUGUCCCUUAUUCUUAUUUCUUACUCUCUUCAAAGAAGUUACCUUGUGUCAAAUGCAGGUUGUUAAGAAAUACCACCUCCUCAUGUGUAAGUUGACACAGUCACUAAUAUCCUGGUAAUUUAAAUAAUUGAGAGAGCAAAAAUGUUUAACAAACUAGAGUAAUUUGUUUUCAUAUUUGCCAAAAUCCGUGUCAACCCUGUUUUUGUCUAAUAAGUGUCUAAUAUGGUAUUGUUAACUUAUUUUGAUUUCUGUACCAUUUCAAAAAACAUUACAUUAAGAGGGAAUCAAGACUAGUUUCUCCAGGGCAGUGGAUUUUGUAGUUUGUAAAAAUGUUUUCUGUGAUGCAUAAGCCAGCAUGCCUGUGAGUUCCCUUUCUUCCUAGACUUGUCUCUGGGUCUGCAGCUGUGGAAGUAAUCCUUGAGAGCCCCCUGCUGGCUGCAGUGAAGAAGGUAGCGUGAAUAGGCUAUGGUUUUGUAUGGUAGUAUGGUGGCAGCGACCAUUGCAUACAAUUUUAAAGACAAGAGAAGGUACAGUCUAGAAAGUCUAAGUGGCUUUCCUGAUUAGACAGUACCAGCUGACUUACAAGAGGCUUGGAUUUCAUCUGGUCCUUCAGAAUAAUAUGCUUGCCUUGAUUCUCUCUGGAAACUGACUUUGUCAAAUAAAUAGCAGAUUGUGUGUUUGGUUUGGAUAGCAGUGUUUCUGUCGUUGCGUGCAGUGGUCAGAAAUUUGUCCUGUAGGCCAAAGCCUCUUUCAGCAGUGCCUUGCCAUCACACUUAAAAGUUUGACUGGAAUGUCUUGCUGGAUAGAGCCUUGAACUCUGGCAAGGCUUAGACCGUUCAACUUGCAAAUUUGCCUUCCCCUCUGGACCUCACUACUAAUCAGCAAACCUUUCGAGGCCCUACCAACUCUCAGAAGCCAGGGGCUUUCCCAGAUUUUAAAGCUGCUGCCUCAGGAACCAUUCAUUUCUCUCCUGGUCAGCAGGCAGAAAUAGCCAUACUGAUCUUAUAGGGCUCAGAUGCAUCUUCAGGCAGCAGGGAGCCACGCAGAUAGAGGCCUCCUUCACCGCAGGGAGAGCUUGCUCACUCGGGCAGCGUCUCAGGAGAGGCCAUAUCCAUGUUGACUUUUUGACACAUUUCGGUUCCAUUUUCCUCUUGUUUAAAACUGUCUCCUUAGAUGUGGAUGCCUUAAUUUUCUAACACAUUUGAAAGCAUUGGCAAUACUUAAGUUGCUGCCAUAAUCACAAAUGGACUCGUUGGCUACCAAAGAGAUGCAACUGAUGGUGAACGUGUGGUCUUUCCUUCUCAUGACCAAAGUGAAUCUUAAUUGCAAUUUGACUCUUUCCUUAGUAGGGAUAGACUUUCUUCAGAUCCCAAGUGCUCUCUUAAAGGGCAUAUUAAGUUGUAAAAUAAUAUUGGUCCAUUCCCCUCACUUAUUCUCCAGUUAAUUGUUUAUCAAUUCCCAUUUCACCAAAGUGGUGAUGUUCCAGGUUUGAUUUGUGCACUCUUGAAAAUUUGUUUUUAGGCAGAGGUUCUGCGCUGGAACUAGAGAGCUGGAAAUGGUACUACCUAUAGAGGCUAUGUGUUCCUUUCUGUCCCCUCACCUUUUUAUUUCCCAGUUCAAAACAGCUCCAUCAUCCCUGUUCCUAUAUUUUGAAUCAUUAAAAAAAAGAAAGGGAGUGGCUGUUUUGGGUUGUCUUUCUUUGUGCAAAGGAGGAAAUAUUUGCAUUUUGUUUUGUUCUACCAGCCUACUUCUAAGUGUCACUGCCCCUUUUUUUCUCUUUUUCAAGGAUUAAACUAGGAGGACAUACCAGCAUUGGAGUAUAUUAGGUCCCUGAACCACGUGGUAACUAGGUACUGAACACGGGGUCUGUAGGCCAAUAGCACAAGCCCACAAGGAAUGUUCCUGGCUUUGGGCCCCUGAGCCCCUUGGGAGACUAAGACUAAUGACAGGUUCAUCCCAAACUGUUGCAAUGCAAGGAGAGGACCCUCUGUAGUUGUUCUACAAAGGACCUUUCCUUCCCUUAGAAAAUUUCUGCUCUAUGCAGAAUGGUUCAUAUCCCCCAAAGAACACUGUUGGAAAAGCUGUGAUGUUGAAACCAGUGAGAUAAACUCUUUGCACCUGAGACAUCGAGGGUCACCUCAGGAGACCUGUAGGAAAUUUGUGAUUCGUGAAAAAGGACUAGACAUCCAUUUAGGAUUCUGUAGAUAGGCACAGCCUGACACAGCUGCUUAACACAAGGAGACUGGUGUUGAUCUGUCUCUGAUGGCAUCUCCUAGCAAAUCAGAAGUCCCAUGGGGUAGCACUACAGUUCCUCUGGUUCAGUAGCCUGAACAUGAUUUUAAAUGUCCCUUUUUCUGGAUUCUUUGUAAACAUGAAAUCAUUCCAUGGAUGGCUGCCUUAUAAUUUUGUCUCUUUCCACUUUAAUUGUGAAUGGUUUAAAACAAAUUGCUGUUUUCUGAUUUGUUUUAUGAUAUUAAAUUUUUAUUAGUGCAUACA